CCGGUGGAGGUGGGCGAAAGGCCGGCUGGAGCGAAGGCUACAGAACUCACUGCGUCAGCUGCUGCUCACUGCUCCGAGCAAAUACCAACUGGGACUCACCCGCAACUCCAUGCUUGUGCCCACCUUGACUCGUCCAACCCCGGAGAAAAAGCAGCCCAUGAGGCUCCCAGUCCCCACUGAGUGCAGCGCUGAAGGAUGGCCCAGCUCUCCUCCACUCUGAAGCACUACACAGAAUCGGCCCGCUACACAGGUGCCCCUUAUGCCAAAUCAGGCUAUGGCACCUACACUCCCUCUUCCUACAGGGCCAACCUGGCUGCCUCCUUCCUGGAGAAGGAGAAGCUUGGUUUCAAACCGGGGCCACCAACCAGCUUCCUCACUGGUCCCAGUACCUAUGGCCCCUCCUCCAUCCUGGACUAUGACAGGGGCCACUCCCUGCUGAGACCAGACAUCAUCAGGGGUGGUAAGAAAGCUGAGAGCCAGACUCGGAGCACUGACCGACCUUCAGGGAGUGGACUCAACGGGGGCAGUGGAUUCCCUUAUGGAGUAACCAACAGCUCCCUCAGCUACCUGCCCAUGAAUUCCUGCAACCAGGGGAUAACUCUGACCCAGAAGAAGUCGAACAGUCAGUUAGACCUGGCCAGAGAUUUCUCCAGCCUGCGGACCUCAGAUAGCUACCGGACAGACCCUGGGAACCUGGGCCGCAGCCCCAUGCUGGCCCGCACACGCAAGGAGCUAUGUGCCCUACAGGGGCUCUACCAGUCAGCCAGCCGCUCUGAGUACCUCUCUGACUACCUGGAGAACUAUGGUCGAAAGGGCAGCACACCUCAGGCCCCUCCCUCACGAGUCCCUGAAGUCCUCAGUCCCACCUACCGACCCAGUGGCCGUUCUACUCUGUGGGAGAAGGGUAAAGGCCCGACCCCUGGGCCCAGCUGCCCCAGCUCCCCAGGGCAAGACAUCAUGAAUUCUAAGAGUACCCAGGGUCUGGCUGGUCUUCGAAACCUUGGGAACACGUGUUUCAUGAACUCCAUUCUGCAGUGCUUGAGCAACACCCGGGAGCUGAGAGAUUAUUGCCUCCAGAGGCUGUAUAUGCGGGAUCUCAGUCACAGUAGCAAUGCACACACAGCCCUCAUGGAAGAAUUUGCAAAACUAAUCCAGACCAUAUGGACUUCAUUUCUUAAUGAUGUCGUGAGCCCAUCUGAGUUCAAGACCCAGAUUCAGAGAUACGCACCGCGCUUUGUUGGCUAUAAUCAGCAGGAUGCUCAAGAAUUUCUCCGCUUUCUUCUGGAUGGGCUCCACAAUGCUGUAAACCGAGUAACAGUGAGGCCCAAGUCCAGCCCUGAGAACCUUGAUCAUCUUCCUGAUGAUGAGAAAGGGCGACAGAUGUGGAGGAAAUAUCUAGAACGGGAAGACAGUCGAAUUGGGGAUCUCUUUGUUGGGCAGCUAAAGAGCUCCCUGACAUGUACUGAUUGUGGUUACUGUUCUACAGUCUUUGAUCCCUUCUGGGACCUCUCAUUGCCCAUUGCUAAGCGAGGUUAUCCUGAGGUGACUUUAAUGGACUGCAUGAGGCUUUUCACCAAAGAGGAUGUGCUCGAUGGUGAUGAAAAGCCUACAUGCUGUCGCUGCCGAGCCAGGAAACGGUGUAUAAAGAAGUUCUCCAUCCAGAGGUUCCCAAAGAUCUUAGUGCUGCAUCUGAAGCGGUUCUCAGAAUCUAGGAUACGAACCAGCAAGCUUACAACAUUUGUGAAUUUCCCACUAAGAGACCUAGACUUGAGAGAAUUUGCUUCAGAAAACACCAAUCACACUGUUUACAACCUGUAUGCCGUGUCCAAUCACUCCGGAACCACCAUGGGCGGCCACUAUACAGCCUACUGCCGGAGCCCAGUGACAGGCGAAUGGCACACUUUCAAUGACUCCAGUGUCACAUCCAUGUUCUCCAGCCAAGUGCGCACCAGCGACGCCUAUUUGCUCUUCUAUGAAUUGGCCAGUCCCCCCUGCCGUAUGUAGUGGCGAGGAGCUACAUCCCUUUUUCCCUUCCUCGUGGUGGUGGCGCCACACCCUAAGUUUAAAAAAAAACAAAAAACUGACAAACGAGAGAAAAAUAAAGUGAACUAAAGCUGCUGAGCAGGAGUUGCCACGGCCUGGUCAGGGUCUGGAGUUGAGAGCCAGGUGCUCCUGAGCUAUACCAGGGAAGAUCAGCAGGACAUGGAGACCAGAGCCAGCACAAUACCUCCUUGGCUUCUCUUGUUUGACUUUUUACACUUUUGGUUUUUUCCUGAGUGUAAUAAACCACAGCAGUAUAUGGGGAGAUCCUCCUGAGAAGAUAGCGCCCUCUAGAGUCUGCUGGGAGGAUCACUGCCUGGAAGAGCCACACCUGAGCCUGGUACCAAUCUUCACCUGGACCCUGCUCACUGGUCCAGAAGCAAGAAAAACACCCCUGAGCCAAGAGCCCUCUCAACGCUGCUAACUCCAGGGGUUCAGACCAGGGGACAUCUUUGAAAAAAGCUGUAUUUGGUUUUUAAAAGCCCAGUUUUUUACAAUUACCCUAACGUUUUCAGACUAGAAAUGCUCUCCUUCACACCUCUUCACAGCUGGGAUGUUGUGUGAGUCAGUUCUGUUUGGUUUUUUUUUUUUUUUAAUUCUUUAAUUACAACUUUUCUAAUGCUAGCCCCCAGUGGUGCUAGGUAGGUGUUGUCCAGGCCCCAGGUACAGCCACAGUAGACCUGGAAUCUAACAAGUUUUGGGGUUUUGUUUGUUUGUUUGUUUGUUUUUAGGGAUUUUAAAAAAUGUUUUGGAAUAUAUCUAGUUGCCUCUAAAAAUUGUGCCUUUUAGCAUUUGGGGACCGGGGGGUAACUGUCCUUCCCUGAAAUACCCCUCAGCCACUUCCCUUUCCCUUAUGCCAUGUUCAAACUAGCUGGGAGAGAGAGGGGCUAUGCCGUUAGUUCCUGGCUUGUUUGCAUUGCAGUGAGAUAAAAAAUAGAAUAGGUACAAGGAUAUUUCUUAUGAUGAUAAUAGUGUAUCAAGUUCUUCCUGCCUACUUCCUCUAACCCAUCCCAGUCUGCUCCCCAGCUAUUUGAAGGAUAGCACAAGCUUCUUAUCCCUAGAGCCUCUCUCACCUUUAAUUUAUUCCCACUUAACUGCUUUUUUCUCCCUGACCUUCCUUCCCCACCCCUACCUUCUCAGAGCCUCCUGGACCAAGUUUCUCAGGGAUGCCCAUUACACCCCUCAGCUCCCCCUGGCAUCAUUCUUCAGUCCUACCCUCAGGGCUGGAGCUUAAGUGUUUUAAGACAUCUUGCCUCAGCCCUAUGAUUCUUUCCCAUGGAUAUGAUUUUGCCCUAAGCAGUUGGGCAAACUUCUUUGCUGUCCCAGGGAGUAAAGCUGUUCAGCAUCAAGGCAAGGAGCUCUGUGCAUGGAGCUGGCCUGGCUUGUGCCCCUUGGAGUCUGGAGCAUUCCAGUGCUCCCAGGAGGAGGCAUCAGAGAAAGACAACCUGAGUUUAACUGGCCUGACACUGUUCUCCAGGGAAGACCUAUGAACCUUAGCCAAAGGGCUAGUGUACACUUGUUUACUGUGUAAGCAAGAGUAGAAGAACAUCUAAUGUGCAGUGGAACCUUGUACAGAAUAAAUAGCUUUGAGAAAUA